ACAGUACUGAGAUCUUUGUCUCCAUUCUGCAUGCUUUCAGCAAAUGUUGUUUUCAUUUCACCCAGCAAACACAAAAUCUCCUUUUUAAUAUCUAUAUAAAAACCUAAGUGUUUGACAAUGAGUUCUCUAUAGUAAAUAGCUGACAGAAUAAAAAACAAAAGACAAAAAAACAAAAACAAAACUAUCGUAAGUUGGAAACAAAUAGAGAUUUAGAGCCCCACAGUGACAAAAUUAAUAUUAAUUUCAAAAGCUGGAAAUCCACAGAUGGAGAAGAAAUGGGUUUUAAAGAAAAGGCAAAAUAGAAGAUUGAACUAAGAGAUCUUUGAAGUGGCUAACAGCUGCAUGGGAGAAGUGAAUUUUUUGAAUAUUUCUUGAAAAUUAAGGCAAUAACUUAUAAAAAUAGCCCUGGGAGAAUAGAAGAUUCUGAGAUGGACUGUGAAGUCAGGAAAACAGAACGAAUAAUACUCUGUGCUCAGUUAUCUCAUCAAGAAGAAAAACGGGCUUGAAGAAAUUGAUGUGUAAAUGAAUAUGAUAAGCACAGAAGUAUUUGGAAAGAAAUAUUUUGAAAAGAUGGUAUCCUCAUGAAAGAAGGUUGAUAUUUGCCAUCAGGAAGCAAAAAUAGCACAACCUCAACCAGCAAAGCUGAAUUUACACGGUCAAGGACAUUGACUAUGUGAACUGCAAGAAAAUUUUUGGGUGAAGCACAGACUGAAAAAAAUGGAAGUUGAAAAGAGUUAUAUAAGGUGGAGAAUGGUUAGAAAAUUCAAAAAGGUUAGCCUUUUCUUUCAAAAAGAGAAAAGCAAAUAGCUGUUUCAGAGCUGGAAAGACAAUAUGGAGAAAGAGGUAAUUUUAAUUAUUUCUGGAAUGUAGAGGCAAGCUGACACUAUUAAAAGCACAAUAUUUAAAGUUUCUCCUCCUAAGCAUUUUCUUGAAAAUCAUCUCUGUGUUAAAAGGGCUAUGUGCAAAACUACAGAUAGACAAGUCUGCUCCCAUGGAUGCACUGAACUCCAACACAAAUGUAGAGUGGAAUGAUGGUUAUGAUAAUAUAUCAGAUAAAGUGGAAAUUAUGAUUGAAAAAAAAUAAUACGAGGCAAAGAACAAUCAAGGCAGCACAAAGAAAGCUAGGGAACAGAUGUAUCAUAGCAACUGCAUAUCUCACUGUUGGAGGUGCAGGAAGCAGCCUCAAAAGAAGCCAGUUGUCUCAGAUAAUAUUUUAGGCUCUGAAGUAAGAUCAGAGAUGUAGCCUUCAUGAAGAAUCACUAGACAAGGUCAUUCAUCUGCUGAAGGAGCUGAGGCACUCAACAAGAUUAAUUCAGUCAGAUGCAGCAAACUGCGGUUCAUGUGAGGAUCUGAAUAAUCCUGUUUCCUGACAUAAAGCACAAUUUAAGUUAGAAAUGAUCAAGCCAGUCACAAGGAUCAUGCAAAAGUUUGGAAACUCUAUGCCCAGAAGAAUGUGUUGCUCGCAAUGUUUUGUUCAAAAAGAAAUAAGCAUUUAAAUAAUGUGUUAAAGCUUUUAGCAGUGUGAUGACAGAAUGUGGAAAAAUGAGAGGUCUUCGCUGCAAAAGGAAAAGUUUUGUCAUAACUCUGAAGAGAAGGACCAUAACCAGAGAUAGUCAGAGCUUUGGAUAAUGGAACCAGGUACCGGUGAUGGAACAGAAAUUGGAAAGUGAGAUUAGAUUUACUUGGUGAAGAAACACUUUCUUCUACUAAAUAUGUUUGCUCAUCACUGCUUUGGAAAUUGAACCAGAAGCAUAAACGCGGGAUGGUCAUUCAGCAUGUUUCUGCAAUGGAAUUAGAAGAUGCAAGCAAACCUGAAAAACAAGCAAACAGUGCUGAGCAAGAGAAUUUGAACCUCAGAAUAAAAGAGCUGGAGAAAUCAGAGCAAGAACUGAAAGGUGUUUUAGAAGACUACAUGGAUUCAGAUUCCAUGCUAAGAAAUAGGAUGAAAGAGCUGGAGCUGUCACACAAAACCCUUCUUGUGAUGACUGAUCAGCUAGAUGUGAAGGUGCACAAGGUUGAAAAUGCAAAUGUGCGCGUUAAAGAGAAACUGCGAGUCAUUUGGGAGGAGCUGAUGAACUUGGUUGAAAACCAAGAAAAGUCAGAGAAGAAGCAAAAGGAAAAAUUACAUUGGCUUCAGGAGCAGCUGAAGACAAAAGAAGAUGAAGUAAAAAGCCAGUCAGAAUAUUUUGAGCACUACAAGCGAAAGCAGAAGCGACAAACAACAGUGCAGAGAGAAAGGGAAUGUUACCUGCGGGGAGAGGUGUCGAGGCUGGAAAAGCAAGUGUUAGAUCUCAAUGCCCAUAUUGCUCGUUUGACAUCUGAGUUAGAAGAGGGAAUGGCACAGUGUCUCCAACAGAAGCUGGAAUCAGCGUCCACUGGGACUCAGGGCUAUAAACUUUCUGAAAUGGAAGUAAUGGAAUUGAAAACUUGCAUUGAAAACAUGGAGCAUGACAUGAAAAGCCAUGUUGAGUCAUUUCAGCAAAAUCUGAAGUUCUUAAGGGAAAAAGGGGAGGACAACAGAAGAGAACAGGCAGACCUGCUGACUGAACUCCAGUGCUCCCAGGACACUGAAGACUUUCUCAGGAGAAAAUUGGAAGAAUCUUGCAAUUAUGUUUAUAAUCUGAAAUUAUCUGAAAUCAAACUACAGAAACAAGUGGAAGACCUUUUGGAUGAAAACAGGGUUUUAAAAGAUCAAGGUAGGGUGAAGUUAAAAAAGAAGGAAGAAAAGGACUCACAAUUUACGAGAUUGGAAAAUGGAGACAGCAGUGCUGACCUGAAUGGAGAUCUAGUCCAGGAUGACAUUCAAAAUCUGAAAUGGGGAGCAGUCUCAGAUACACUCAGAAGCAGAGCUACACAAAGUCCAGUUGUACUGCUACAUGCCAAAGAGUACGAAACACCAGGAUGCAGCUGUGAUGGGCUAAAGCAGACAGAGAAGCUACAGGAAGAAAUUCUACCAGUUUUGGAACAAAAUUCCGGACCCUUUGCAAACAUUGCUGAAGAAGUUGGUUUAGCUGAGAUCAAAAUGGUCUCCCUUGGGACAAAAAAGCCAGGAGGUCUAGAAGAUAGUUUCACUUUGUUUAGAUGUAUUCCAAGCUAUCCUGCAGCAAGAUGCCUUCCACCUUGCUCUGAGAGGUUAACUAAUGAUGAGACAUGUAAGGAAAACAAAGAUGAGGAAUGCUUUUCUCUUUUGAGGGAACAAGCUACAAAUCUACCAGCAAAGAUGUUCCCUGUUUCUGUGGUUGAAGCUUUGAUGAGAAACAAGCCCCGCCUUACCUUGGUAAAACCUGGAAGCUACCACAUAGCAGCUGUCAUGACGGUGAAGAAAGUGAGGAGUCUGGAUUUCAGUGAGGCAAAUACCACUUUUUGCUCUGAUGGCCUCUGUGUUGUUGCAGAACAAGGUUUUUCUGAAAAAGCUUCUGUAGUUCUUCAUGGAAACAUGCCUUGCUUUGUGAAUGACAAUUUCACAUCCUCUCUAGAAAAAUACUGUUUGGAAAAACAUCAGCAAAACAAACAAAUUCUACCAAAAAGUAAAUGUAAAAAUAGAAGUCUGGAUAAAGGUGUUAAUGAUAUAAAGUAUCACAAAAAAAUCUUUAGAAGGAGAGUUAAAGGAGAAGAAAUACAGACUGAGAAAGCCCAAGCACAACAGGUUACCUGUGUUUUUGAGGAAAAUUCUGAAAUUUUAAAUAAAACUGAGUUGAUUAGGCUGGGGAAGCAAGGAAUGGAUACCAAAGACAAGCCAGGUAGCCCAGAAGUUUUCCACAAUAUAUCUGUUGAUUUUAAGGACUUACAGAAUCAUUUCAAUAAUAGUCUUGUACUAAAGAAGAAACAAGAAACCCUCUCAGAAACCUGCAUCUCUGAUGUGACCAGGGCAUGCACUGGAGUAGACAUAAUGAAAAUGGAAGAGAAAGGGGAGCAACCUCAGAAACCAACUCACCAAAUAAACUCUUCCAGGAAUAUUGGACUGAAAGAAAAUAAAGAUCAGGCCAUGAAAUUACAUAAAUCAAAAGAGAAGAAUUUCUCUUGUCAAAAGGUGGCUGCUGAAAACACGCAAUAUGCAUAUCCUCAGAAAAGUUUUUGGUCAGAGGAAGAGAGUUAUCCACUAAAAAUACUGUCUCCUAUGCAAAAGAGGGCUGUGUGCUUAAGCAAACAACUCCUACCAAAAAGCAAUUUUUAUGAGUAUUUCUGUCAUCUGUCACCACUGGAAGCAGUUAAUGAGCAUAACGUGAAAAUUUAUACAUUGAAAAAAGCAGUGGCUAUGUGUUCUCAGAAGAUAUUUGUACUGAUGCAAGAGAAUGAAAAUUACUCAAAAAAGGUCUGUUUAUUACAAGAGGAGAAUGAGAGAUAUGUUCAGAAGAUGUGUGCACUGGAAGAGGAGAUGAACGCAUAUUUUCAAUACGCUUUAGAAGUAGAAGAAGUUAACAUUGCUUCUUUUCAAAAUUUACUUAAUGAGAAUGAAGUUUCUGGUGAAUGUUAUAACGACAUAUCAGAAGAAAAUAGAAUGAGCCCAGGAGCAAUUUUUGCUGAAACCUUCUCUAAGAAUCUCUCGUAUGUUGAAGAUAAAAGUAGGAAUUCUGAAAAAGAUUCAUUGACAAUUGAGUCAAAUCAACUUCCCAAGAGUGUUUUAUCCCUUGAUGGAAGGAAAAUGAGGUAUUUACAGCUGCUUUCUAACCUGAAAGAAGAAAGAAGUAGAUGCUUCAUAGAAAUAGCUAAAUUAUUACAUGACAAGGAGAACUAUGUAGCAAAAUAUAAUGAAUUAAUUAAAGAGAGAGAGAGAAACUUGCAAAGAAUAUCUCUUUUAGAAGAUGAAAAAGAAACUUUAUUGAGAAGUUUGGCAGAAGUAAAAUGUGAACAAGACAAGUACCAAGCCUUGGUUUCAGAACUUCAAGAGUGCAAAGCCAGUUGUUAUCAAACUAUUUCUGAUUUACGGGAGGAAAAAUGUGCACUAAAAAGAGCUAUAGACAGAAUCAAGAAAGAAACUGUGGAACAACUUAAUGAAUUUCAAAAAGAAAAUGCAAACUUUAUUUUAGAAAACAACAAAUUAAAAGAAUUAAUAUCUUCUUUGGGUUUCACCUGUGAAGAUCUGAUAAAAGAAAAAUGCUUGGGAACAAAGGAAAAGGUAGUAAACCUAAAAGAAGAAAAUAGAAGUCAACAACAUGAUCUUAAUCCAAAGAAAGUUGAAACAUCAUGCAGUGUAACUCAGACUGAAGAAGAAGGAGUAGACCCCUCCGGCUAUUUCACCAACAAAGAGGGCAGCACAUUUGAAAGCUACAGUGUGAUGAAAGAGCAAGUGGAAAAGGCAAAAGAGGAACUAAAAAUACAGCAAAAGGAAUUGGAAAAAUCAAAAAAAGAGGCUCAGAAGUGGUACAGGGAACUUGGCUUUGCUGAAACGAGAUAUGAAGAAAUCAAAACUCGUUUGAUACAGGUUCUGUCCGAAUUAGACCAUCUUAAACAAGAAGCUGGGGACAAAAUGCUUCAAAAGCAGCACUGCAAAUUAAUGCCUGUGUACAAUGUGAAAGAUGUCCAGGAAAUAGAGGAGAAUAAAAUAGCCAGUAAGAGAUUACAGCAGCAAGUGCUGACCUUGAAAGCCCAGCUCAGGGACCAGGCUGCGUUACAAAAUCAGUUUCACGGCUUGCAAAAUGAAGUGGAACUCCUUCAGACUCAGCUAUGUGAAAAGACAAAAGAACUUCAGAAGAGAAAGUCUGAUGUGAAGCUGACACUAGCUCCUCUGAAGGCUAAGUUGGCUUGCCUCACACGAAAAUGCCAGGAAAGGAACAGCUUCAUUACCAGGAUGCACAGUGAAUUUCACCAGCGAGGAUUUAAGAACUCCACAUUUGAUGAAGAGGUGAAACGCCUGGUGAACGACAUGGCCCUGGCAGAGUACGCAGCCACUUUUACACCAAUGUGUAAUCAAGAGCUGCUGCCUUCUUCCACAGACAUUUCGGAGGCUAGUGGACAGUCAAAGGAUCAGGAGACAUAUGUCAGAGUGAACGGGAUGACAGGGUCAAAACCUGCAAACUCUCUACGAGAGGUGGAUGGCAUCCGCAGUUCUCACAUCAUUCCAAAUGUGUAUGCCAGUUCUCCUAUAAAAUUAAGAAGUCCAGAGAAGAUCAUAGCCUCGCAUCGGGAACUAAGACAAAACCAUUGCAAAAAUUGCCAGGGUGCAGAAACACACUGGGACAUCCAAGGUUUUCUUCUCUUCGUUCCUCCUCAGAUACCUUCAGCUGAUCCCUCCGAUGCGAACCUGACAGGUGACCGCAACCUGCCCGUGAUCCAGGAGGAAACCCCUUGGCCUCCGCUCUCAAAGAUGAAGGAGACACUGGAGCCUUCAGAGCAUGGUGCUUCCUGGGCCAUGAAAGGGAGGGACCGCUUGUCCAAACGGGAUGAUGUAUUUUGGGGUCAAAUAGGAAAUCAGCAUGCAGGUGCUAUUCCCCAGAGAAUGAAACAAAAAUGUCAUUACGAAUAAUGUGUGGCUCUCUAGAGAUAAAACAGAUGGCUCAACCUCAGCUACCGCAGCAAAAAGCUAUUUGUCAGACGUGUUGUCAGCAAGUAAUAAAGGUUGAAAUCCUAUGGGGAGAAAUCAGCUGCACGGGAAAGAAUAUAAACCUCAGAAAUAAAACCAGGGAACAAUGUAUCACUCACAUAGAAGAAGCAAUACUGCUCUGAAAGAACACUGAAAAGUUCUUUGACCUGGAGGUUACCACAGCUGCUUCGUUAUGGGAAAACUGAGAAGCUGCACUGAUUUACCAUCUGCCAUGUUUUAGCCACAACUUGUAGUGAAAGUUGGCCUUGUGAGCCAAACUGCUGUGUGGUUUGAGAUUUUGUUUGUUUGUUUGUUUUUCUUAGGAUCUCAGCAUUUGCAUUUUAAAGAAAAUUCUAUGUUAAGUACAGACCUCAGUCUUUAUGGGUCUGCUUAUGUAGGCAUGUAAUAUCUUCAGCCUCGUAUGGUCUUGAGAAUUCCUAAACAAUGCUUUGAUCUGAGUUAGGAUGCUGAGUAAUUCUGAGGACACGUUACUUGAGGUGCUGGCUAUGAAAUGAGAUUUUUAAAAGGGUAAGUAGGAAUUGAGGAGGCACUUGGAACAUCAAAACACUGUGUCAUAACAGUCUAGAUUGAUUAUUUCAACCACAUGAAUAGGCCACACGGAAUUUAAUUUUUGGAUAAGUUAUUCACAUGCAUACAUGCUCUUCCUGAAGUAGGUAUUUUUGUGCACACUGGUUGGUAAUAUUACAUGUAGUUGCAAAAUGUUUUUGCAUCACUAUGUAUAAAGCAUGUUUAUGCACCCAUAUCCCCUGCUAUUCAUAUCUGAAUACCUAUUUGUGAAGGCAGGGAGAUGUGAACACUUGUGCAUAGGUGGUCGUAUGGAUAUGUACAUUGCUUUUGUAACUAAAGGCUUGCACACAGCACUGUUGAAGGCAAUACUUAGGUUGACCUGAGUGGGAGUAGCUAUGGGUACUGCUCUCCAAAACACUCCCUUACAAUGUAAUGCCCUUUCAGUGUUGAUAACUGUGUUAUGACUUGUACUUCCUCUUUUUUUUUUUUUUUUUUUUUUUUUGAUGUUGAGCUAGCUGCUAGAAUGUGCUGGUCUUUACAAAGCUUUGUCUCCCGGUAAUAGCAGAUAUUCUUUGAAAGGAGGCAGAAGGAUAUAAACUGUGGAAUCCCAAAUCAGAUUAAUGUAAUGUGCAUUUCUAGAUUAUGAUUAGUAACAAGAUGACACGUUGGCAUGGUAACACUUGAAGCUUAACUACAAGUUCUUAAAAUAAAGCAAUGACAUAUGUGUAGGUUUCUCUCCAUGUGCAUCCCCUCCACCUGAAAACACGUAUCAUUUCCACAACUCUCAAGCAAUUAAACCCUACUUCUUACUUUUGAAUUAAGUGCUGAACUAAAACAUCAUGCCUCUUUCUUAGUAGUUAUGCAUAAUUUCCCACCAUGAGUUAUAAAUGUUGAUAAUGAACCUGUGCAUUUUGUGACAUCUUAGGCUUUCUACCAUUCGGUUUCAUUUUAAAAUGAUUAGUGUAAGGAAUAUAAAGCAUGUAUCAUUCCUUGAGUUUGUACCACAUCGAUCUUUAAAUUCUGCCACCUCCUAAUAUGAAAAUCGUCUUACCAAUAUUGGAAAACCCUGUUUAUUAUUUAAAUUGACAGACUGGUGGGUGCAUUUCAUGUGGCUGAGGAUUGGCAAUUAAAAUCCCAACUUUACCUGAAAUCACUGUAAUAAAGUGGUAAAGUUUUUAAUGUGAGAUUAUCAGCUGAGACUGAGAGCCUAGCUAUUAUUUUCUGGUUGCCUUAUGGUGGAAAGUGCUGUCUAGUUGCUAUAGAGUCUGUUCAGUUUCCUUUCACUAAGCAGGAGCUAACUUGUUUAGAUGUGCUGUCUAUGGCAAAUGUGCCAGGCGCUGCUUUACAUGUGUGAUUGUUUUGUGUUAAACUUUCUCAGAAUGCAAAAUGGGGCACUUUGUUUGGAUUGCUUUAUGUGCACAAUAUUGCUUUGACCAAAUUCCUUACAGUCAGAGAAUCGAGACGCUGCUAAGUUCUGCCUAAGUAAAUACAGCCUUCUUCUGUCACUCUAUGUGGACAAAAUGGGCAGUAUUACAUGAGGAUUUCUUUGGCAGUUCAUUUAUUUCCAUAUACUGUACCGUAUAGAGCAUCACAAGAUAUUGAAAAUGCAGCUUACAGUAUUUCCACAGCUCCUUAUGCAACCUUGAGAGCCUGAAUUCUGUUCUUCACACCAAUAUGGAUGGCAUAUGCUGGGAGUACAGUGAUUGACUCCUGCACGAUAAUCAUGUUACAUUCACAAUAAUACAAUUGCCAGGAAAUAUUUCACAUACACACUUCAGUUCCCAAGUUAAACCUUCUGCUAAGGCAUGGCUGAUGUUUGUCCUUGUGGGCUUUUAAAAAGUGGAAGCCCUGCUCUGUGCUUCACAAAUCUACCCGCGUUUCUAACUUGCAGAUGAAGGAUUUCAGUAUUUGAAUUUUCCAUGGUUGUGGGGUGGAGGGAGGGACAUGUGCAUGCUGGGUUUUGCCACUAAUCCUUCGGAAAUCCUUUAGUGCCUUAAGGAGGCAGAGGGGAAACAGACAUGAGGAUUACAGAAAUUUGCUCAAACCUCUUUCCUGCUUCAGCAGAGUUACUUUAAAAUAUAUUGUGCCUUUGGCUCCAAACAUAUUUGCAUUAGAAAUCAGUAGCUAUGGGAUUAUGGACAGGAAUUUUUGUCCCUGUGCAAAUGUUAGGAAAGAAAGUAUACUGUUUCUUAUGUAGGAUGUGAAUUAAAAAUACAGCUAACAAGUUCUACAUUGGCAUCCAUGCACAAACCAUUAUUUGACAAUGACUUGCAAGUUGAAGGUAAAGCCAAAAAAAGGAGGAAGUUUAAAUGUAUUAGAUGAAACACUUGUACCACUGAAGGGUCCGGCAAAUUUCCACUGGGAAAAUUUCUCCCUGGGACCAAGAUUUCAUGCUGUCUUCUACUUGGCUAAAUAAGUGCUCACAUUUGAUAGGUACUAAAGCAUUACACUCGGUUUAAUGUUUUCUAUACACAUAGGAGGGGAAAAGAGUAGUUGUGGAGACCUACCUUGAUUUGGAGUUGUUGCAAUCUGUGGUAUAAAUUUCUGUUCACUGUUAUUUCUUUAUGUAUCAGACUCUUGCUAUUGGAAUAUGAAUAUGCAAAUGUAAAUUCCAAUAUGGGAGGUUACUGUGCAGUGUGCACCAACCGAUGCUGAAUAUCUGCAUGUCUCCACUCUCUGAAUUGUGGUUUUGUCCUCUAUAAAGUGAAGAAAAAUGUAGUUAACAGGACAAAAACACUUUUUGCAUAAAAAAAAAAUACACAAAAAGCCUGUGUGAGGCAAUUCAUGUACUCACUGAUGGUCCUAAGUGGAUCUUAGGAAAAAAUGAAUAAGCCUUUAGCACAAGGGGGAAUUUUAUCUUCUAGGAAUUAGGAGUAAUUUGAUGGUACAGAGCUACCAAAAAAAAGAACAAGAAGGAAAAAAAAUAAAAAGGAAAAUGGAAAAAAAAAGGAAAAGGAGAAAAAAAAAUGUAGGCCUGAGAAUCAGAGAGUUCAAAGUGGUGGUUCUCUAUUUUGCUGCCUGUGAUGACAAACAAGUUUUAAAGAAUAUGUAAAUAGUUCAAAGAAAAUCAUUACACGGCUCACAGUACGUCAGACAAGAUGCAGCAUGGAACAGAUUUUAAUAGCUUGUUUAUAAAUUAGGCUUCUGUCUUUUGUUUGGAACUUAGAAAAAGAAACCAUGUAAAUUAAAUAAAGAGUAAAGACUCACUGCUCACAUUGGACUGAAACAAAGAUAUUUCCCCACCUCCUGAGGUAUUCUUGAGAAAUCUGGGAUGAAUAAUGUAUGGAGAUCUUGCCUUUUGAGCUCUAUUGCUGUGCAGAUAUUUAACUCUUCUGCACAGCCACCAGUGUGAUGGUAACCAGAAGUCAUGAAGAGAAGUUGUUAGGGAUGCAAACUGGGUUCCUUCCAUUUGAAGAGGUGCCAAAGGAUGCACAAAAAGGCUGGGGUUUACGGUUUGAUACUUGCUAAACAGAUGUAACAACUUAGGUGUGUUUUUUUUUCAGGGGGGGUGGGGUUGUAAAUAAAUGCAAAAAGUUUAAACUUUUUGGUGUCAAAGUGGAGAAGCUAACUGAGAAGUUUCAGUAAUAUUAAAGAGGCCUCUCUUGCUUUGAUCUGUUCCAGUAAAACCUUACAGAUAACUUUUCAGCAAAGAUUUCCACUCUAAGACAUAUGUCAUGGAUAUGAACUGUACAUAUGUACUAAUUUUCAGUGUAACUAGGGAGGAUACAGAAUUGUAAUGAAGUCACAAAGUCUACUUGAUGAUUAUCACAGAUUUGUAACUCUCACUUAAAUUAUGUAAGAUAUGUUGACAUUUUAUCUUGUUAACAAGAUGUAUUUUUCUAUGUUAGUUAAAUGUAUAAUUUGUAUAAUUUUGUAUAUUAAAUGUAUGCAUAUUUUAAAUUAAAAACUUUAUAAUUUUAAUUAUUUUUAACUCUAAAAUGGUGAUGGAGCUUCUGAAAUAUAGUUGUAAAUGCAGCUGUAUCCCUGCACAGAAACCUAGAAAGUCUCCAUUUCGAGGAAAGGCCACCAACCAUCAGCUAUUUGGUCUGCUAACAGGGUAAGGAA